AAUGCAUUAGAAGAAAUCCCAGUUUGAAUUAUGGAAGCAAUGCUUUUGUGGACCCACACCCAUCUCAAUUCAUAUAUAAACCUUUCAUGCAUUUCCUCAAACACGCAACCUACCCUCCACACUCUACUCAAUUCCAAAAUGAAAUCAGCCAAUUGGAGAUUAUUGCUGCUGCUGCUCUUCUUCACCUCCUCUACUUCUUCAGCAUGGUUCGGCACCAAACACAAAAGUUCCGGUGCAAGUUCCAGCUCAAGUGGAAGGUUUCGUUCCGAUGAAGCCUCGUCUUCAUCGUCAUCCUCGUCACCGUUCCUACUAAACCGUUUCCGUUCCGGUUCAGCCGUGGUGUUCCCUGUUCACGGCAAUGUUUACCCUGUCGGGUUUUAUAAUGUCACUCUCAACAUCGGGCAACCACCUAGGCCAUAUUUUCUUGAUAUUGACACAGGUAGCGACCUUACGUGGCUUCAAUGUGAUGCCCCUUGUUCCCGUUGCUCUCAGACACCACAUCCACUUUAUAGGCCCAGCAAUGACUUAGUGCCAUGCAGGCAUGCCCUUUGUGCAUCCUUGCACCAUAAUGAUAACUACGACUGUGAAGUUCCGCAUCAAUGUGAUUAUGAAGUUGAGUAUGCAGAUCAUUAUUCAUCCCUUGGUGUACUUCUCCAUGAUGUCUACACUCUCAAUUUUACAAAUGGAGUCCAACUUAAAGUUCGUAUGGCCCUUGGAUGCGGAUAUGAUCAGAUUUUUCCAGAUCCUUCUCAUCACCCGUUAGAUGGCAUGCUUGGCCUUGGCAGGGGAAAAACUAGCUUGACAUCACAGCUGAAUAGUCAGGGUUUGGUGCGAAAUGUGGUUGGACACUGUUUGAGUGCACAGGGAGGAGGGUAUAUCUUCUUUGGAGAAGUUUAUGAUUCUUCUAGACUAACUUGGACUCCAAUGUCAUCCAGAGAUUACAAACAUUACUCAGCAGCAGGGGCAGCUGAACUCCUUUUCGGAGGAAAGAGGACUGGGGUUGGAAAUCUUCAUGCUACUUUUGACACUGGGAGUUCUUACACCUACUUCAACUCUAAUGCUUACCAACUACUAAUCUCUUGGUUGAGGAAGGAAUCAGGUGGAAAGCCCCUAAAAGAAGCACACGGUGAUCAAACUCUUCCUCUCUGUUGGCAUGGCAAAAGACCUUUCAAAAGCAUAUAUGAAGUGAGAAAAUACUUUAAGCCAAUCACACUUAGUUUCAGUAGCAAUGGCAGAAGUAAAGCUCUGUUUGAAAUCCCUCCUGAAGGAUAUCUAAUAAUAUCUAAUAUGGGAAAUGUUUGCUUGGGCAUUCUAAACGGCUCUGAAGUAGGAAUGGGUGAUCUGAACCUAAUAGGAGACAUAUCCAUGCUAAACAAAGUGAUGGUAUUUGACAACGACAAGCAGUUGAUCGGUUGGACAUCGGCAGAUUGUGAUCGGGUUCCAAAAUCCAGAGAUGUCAGCAUUUGAACAUACCAGAUACCUUCUCUUAAUUACUCCUGUCAUCGUAUAAAAUAGUAGCUAUUGUCCUACUUUGUAGGACAAAGUCAUUGUAUAAUAUGAGAGUCAGAUUUAAUAUAUUGGUACGUAAUUCAGA